AUGAUUCAUCAUAGUCUGGAUGUGACGGGUGGUGUUGAUGAUGCGAUGCAAAAUGCACAAGAGGCCAUGCUUUACGGCCUGGCGUCGGCUGCAGCGAAGGUGGCAGAAGAAGGUGAAGGAGGCAGAUUCGACAUCGAAAGAAUGCUGGCAAUCAAGGACACGAUCUUGCUAGCCGAGUUAUGCUAUUCUGUAGUCCUUGGUGCUGUGGCUGCGAUGGCUGUUGAAACUGACCUGCCCACGGCUUUGGAGUGCAACACGAGAAGUGAAGAUCAUGGGCUCUGUGUCGAGGACCAGGAGUUCGAAUCUACAAGCCGAGACUUCUCGGCGCAGGCGCUUGGUGCUGACUUGGCCAAGGAGGUCGCUGGGGUGUCCUUCAUGCAAGAGGGCAUCGAACGGGCAGAUGCCCUUCCGGGGCACUUUCACAAGGCCCUCACGGACUCCAUCCUUUCCAUCCCGAUGCUCCUGGCAAUGCUGACAAUGCUGAUGCUGUGGACCAGGUGCACAGUACCUUUGACGUCACGUGAGCAGAAAGAGCCCACCACUCCAGCAUCUGUGGAUGCAUGGUGUGUGCAAGGCCAGGCCACAGACACGGAGUGUGAAGGGAAGUGGCUUUGUCACGAGCUCAUCGUGCCAAGAAGCAGCAAAUGUGCGGUCACCAUGCCGCGCAUGCUGAAAGCAGGACCCUGGACAGCUCUGGUCAGUGACAAGAUGGGCCAGUGCAUGUUCAAAGCCUGCACAGCAGAGGCAGGAAAGCCAACUGAGAUACCCACUCUUUUAGCCACUUCCACUGUUUCAGCAGAGCACCUGGCUUUGAACAUGCAUGGACCUCGCACAAUCCUUCGUCCAGAGCGGGAUGAUGAUGAGGAUGAGGUUUCCGUUUUGCUGCGCUUGAGUCGUGAUGAGGAGAAAUGUGAUCUGUCAGUACCUGGCUCUAUUCCGCCCCGGGAUCAAGCAGGCUCGCCCGUGCAAGUUCCGAAAGUUGCCCUCGUUUUCAUGGCAUUUGGCAUGGUCUUGGUGGUGGGAGUGGUCCUCGCGGCUGUGCUGCGCCCUCCUGGCUACGGGCAUGGUGCACUUGCGGACACUUCUCUGAGGCAUUCUUCAAACCUGGACGAGGAGAAUGCUGGCGUCAGAAACAAGGCGUCACGGCCACAGAACAUGUGCAUGGACUGUGACCCGUGUGCUGACCAGGUCCAGUGUGUAGGGAUCGUGGACGCGUUCUUUCAGAAUGCAGCGAAAGGCCAACUAGGACUCUUCCGCACAUACCAGCAAGCCCUGAAUGCUGGUGCAUGCGCGAAUUGCGACCUAUCCGCCGACUUUGGCUCCCUCGUCAAGCGGUGUGAUGUCUACGACAAUGCCGUGGCGGCGAUCUAUCUAACGAAGCGUGGGAACUACGAGGAGGCGCGGGGCAUCCUGGAUGUGUUCCUGCGGCUUCUUUACCCCACCUACUACGGCAACAUCUACCCCGAGGAGCUGUUUGCCGGAGCGUCGUCAGGGCUCACCGUGCGCCUCCUCGCUGCCUCCUACAACUGCGACAUGCUUCCAGAGGCUUCGAGCUUUGCUUCGCCAAUGGUUGUGGACGAGGCGGUUGACUCCGGCGACAACGCCUGGGCGGCCUUGGCCCUCGCGCACUUUGCGUUCGUCACUGGACAGAGCUGCUACGGCACUGCCGCCAACGACAUUCUUGAGGCCAUCGCUGCGGCAGGCACGUGCCAUGAUGACUUGUCCGGAUUCCUGGGGCGAUUGCCUCCCAAGCGGGGUCAUCAGCGUGCAACUGAGCACCACAUCGACCUGUUCGCGUUGGCAGGCAUGCUUGGGAACACCCAGCUUCAGCAGCGUGCUUCACGGUUCAUCCAGAAGAUGCACGGGCGCCACGAGGCCUAUCCUGAUGCCUAUGCACUCGGCACUGGGGCUCAAGGGCGGUGCGACUCUGGCAGGUCACACUAUGAUCUGGUUCCAACCGACGCACAGUUCUGGAGCUUCCUAGCAGAUGCGGAUCCGAAUCAUGGCGCAGUGGGCAGCGCAAUUAGCUGGUCCAUCUACAGCGAUUGGCUGUGGGACACAGAUGUUGACACGCUGUCCGGCAAGCAGCCGCCACCGCAGUUGCAUGGGACGAAGUUUACCUCCAAGGGCUCCGGAGUUCAGUGGGAGGAGACUGCCGGUGCUGCGAUGGCGCUGGCGCACUUCCUCUACUACCACUCCAAAGGCAGUGAUGCCGAUUUCAUUCUUCAGUUGAAGUAUCGACUGACAGCCAGCCGACUGUCUCUCCGGACUCUCCUGAAGACCUACGGCGCAGUACCGGCUUCGGUGCGUGGGGGGAAUGGCAACCAGUACAAUUUGCACAAUCCGUAUGCCCCGUUCCCUGGUGGAUCGGACACUGGCAUGGGCUUCACGUAUCUACGGAUGAUCCACACCGCAAGCACCGCAUGGACGGGGCUACUCAUGCUUUAUCAAGCCACGGAGGACGACCCAGUCUUUGCGUCUGCUAACCCGAUGAGGCUGGAUGGCGAAGUUCCUGUUGGCGGUGCAGGCUGUCUCCCAGUGCAGGAUCCCCCAGCUGCCGCAAUCUCCACCCAGUGCUUGGGGCCCCAAUGA